CCAUAGCUAACUCAUAUUAGCAUCCAUCUUAGUGAUGUUUGCACUUAUCUGUAACCCAUGUUAGUGACAGCUUCUGCAAAUAUCUGAUCUUGAUUUUUGAAGACAGGACAGAGAGCACCAGGAAAUUAGGAAAGAUACACAAGACACAGAUAUCAACAGGACAGGAUGAGUGAGACUGAUGAGACUGAAACUUGGAGGAGAGAGAGAGAGGGAGAGGGAGACAGCAACAGAUGGGCGCAGACGCAGAGACAAAACAGGGAAAGGGGGUGAAGUCUGUUGGGGAAAAAGCAGAUGAGGUGAGGAAACAAGGCCACUGUGGUUCACCUUCUAUCUAUUGGCCCUAACCCCUGAGUGACCCUGCUGGCUAUUCUCUCUACAUAAUUUCAAGAGGAGGCUGGGGUCCCUCUGGGUACAAGAAACAUCAUGUGCCAAAACUGGAGAGGACUUCCCACUGCCCCAUAAGACCACUGGACCUCUUGUGAACCUUCCUCUCUAGCCUGAGGACCCACCCGAUCCUCCACGUUGCCCACCGGCAAAGAUGAAGAAGGUGGCAGAAUGGUCAGCAGAGGACGUCUCUGACUGGCUGAGCAAAGUGGGCCUGCCAGAGUACAUAGAUGCCCUCUGUCAGAUGGAUGGCCCUGCCCUACUCAGGCUAACACAGGUAGAUUUCAAGAAUCCUCCCCUCUCAAAGGUUUCGUCUGAUGGUGGGCAGCAGAUGAUGGAGCGACUGGAAACAUUGCGGAUAGAGAAUCAUAUGGAGGCUCACAAAAACGGUCACGCAAACGGACAUGUUGGUGGGCUGCCUAAUGGGACAACCAAGCCCCAGAGGAAUGGCACACUGGGGAGGAAGGACUUGAUGGAGAUGGUCCAGAUCCCCAUCCCUACAGGGGAAACUGCACGCACCUCGUUCCCUGCUGAGUGGAGAAAAACUGGCAUAGCGUUCGUCUAUGCGGUGGUGUGCUUUGUUACAACCACUGUCGUCAUUUCAGUUGUCCAUGAGAGAGUACCGCCAAAGGAGCAGACCCCACCACUGCCUGAUAAAUUCUUCGACCUGUUUGACAGGGUGGAGUGGGCCUUCUCCAUCUGUGAGAUUAAUGGCAUGUUGCUGGUGGGCCUCUGGCUGAUACAAUGGAUUCUACUCAAGCACAGGUCCAUUAUAGGCAGGCGGUUCUUUUUCAUUGUGGGCACACUCUAUCUGUACCGGUGUAUUACAAUGUACAUCACCACUCUGCCUGUUCCUGGGAUGCACUUCAAAUGCUCUCCAAAGCUUUUCGGGGACUGGGAGGCACAGACGAGGAGAAUAAUGAAGAUGAUUGCUGGUGGGGGCCUAUCCAUCACAGGUUCCCACACCAUGUGUGGAGAUUAUCUGUACAGUGGCCAUACUGUCAUGUUAACGCUAACGUACCUCUUCAUCAAGGAGUAUUCCCCCAAGCGGUUCUGGUAUUACCACUGGUUUUGCUGGACUUUAAGUGCUGUGGGAAUUUUCUGUAUCCUUCUGGCCCAUGACCACUACACUGUGGAUGUGGUGGUGGCAUACUUUAUCACUACACGCCUCUUCUGGUGGUACCACACUAUGGCCAACCAGCAGUCGCUGAAGGAAACAUCACAGAGUAACCCGUUCUCACGGGUGUGGUGGUACAGACUGUUCCAGUACUUUGAGGAGAACGUCAAUGGCACGGUCCCUCGUAACUAUCAGCUGCCGUUUUCAUGGCGAGCGCUGCAGCUAAACCGCGGUGUGAAGUACAGUAGACUGGACAUCCAGUGACUCCUUUGGUGUCACAGGAGGCGAGGACUGUGACUUCCAUAAGUGCUGUUUUUACCCAUGGAAGAUGGCACUGUUUAAUGUAGCGCUGUCUCCUUUCACCUCUAGUAACAGACACAUCCCUGUCCAAAUGGGUAAAUGGGUAGCACUGUGACCCACCUAGUAUUUUUAUUUUUUUGUCUGUAUAUAUAUAUAUAUAUAUAUAUAUGUGUGUAUGUAUAUACAUAUAUGUAUAUGUAUAUACGUGUGUAUACAUAUAUGCAUAUAUGAUAGAAUUUCCCUUGUCGUCUUUCUAUUCUGGUAGUAUAUGUCAAUACGAAGCACUAAUUUAUAUUUGUUUUGUGUCUUCUCCUCUUUGUGGGCCACAUAACAUUUCUGCUUUUGUAGCAAAUCUAUGAAGCAUUUCAACAAACUUCUAAAACUCAAAAGUUGUUGGCCAUAAGGACUCAAAUACUUUUUCUUCCUCUCAGCACAAAACCAUAGUUAAUGUCUUUGUGUUCUUACAAGAGUUUUAGUGCAGAUAGUGUCAAUCAAAUGCUUAUUUGAUAACCAAAAUGCCAUAAGCAUUUUUUUUCCUUUUUUAUAGCAAAUUACUUUUUGUAAACUGUCCUUGCUAAAAUGAGUCAAAGGUGCAAAAAAAAAUUUUUCUAAGUAUGUCAAACUUUAUUUUUCAAAAACAAAUGAUGUCCAACAAAAGAUUUUUAGAUUUUUACCUUUUUCAAGAUGGAUAACUGAGAGCAUAAGAAUCUAAUGUGGUAUAACAUUAUUCCAGUGCCUUUAUUAGCUUGAUUGUAAGACAGUUCAAGUACUACGUGUCUUGUGUCUCUCUGCCGAGGGUGUGAACACGCCAUGGCUUGAGGUGGUACUUAGUUAACAGUCUCGUUCCCAUGAAUGUAAAAACAACUACGCCAGCCUUACCAGAAGAUUGGUCUUCCCAAAAUUAAGUGCAGUGAGUGAAAUGUCCCGUCUAUUUAUUGAUGCUUUAUGAUGUCAGUUUGUGCUUUGUUGGUUAAUGCUGUUCUAACAGAAAAAAUGACUGUUAAUUGUAUUUUUUAUGUCCAUGUCAUUUCAUUUUUACUAAUCAGUCUUUAACCAACACCAGCCAUGUUCAAAGCCUCAUCACUGGCAUCACGUCUGCUGGUUUUAUUUUCCACUGCAACAUCGUCUGCUAAACAUCACUGCCUGAUUGGAAACUAUAUGAAAUGUCUCAGAGGUGCAAGUUAUUCUGGACCUGGACAUAUCCUGUGCAUCAUUGCUGCAACUCUUGCUCAGGAGAUAAUGAGCCCCGAUCUUGUUCCCCACAUUGAGUCCCGUUUUGAAAUCAGAAAUAAUCCUCAUUACUGUCUUCUCUUGUAACCUUUUUAGUGAUGAGAUGUGGAGGAAACUGUUCAGUGUGACACUUUUUUUUGAGUUUAGGGAAUGUCAAAGUUGUGAAAACAGAAGCUUCAGGCAAAGUUUCUGAGCAUGUCUAAUGAAUCUGUAUGUGCUUUGUAUAGUUUGUCUUGUACUAAAUCAAGCUGCUACUUUUUGGUGUGAAGACUGUAUCUAUACGCUGCCUUCUUAAGUGCAACACCAAAACAAUCUCCUCUCUAGAAGUAGACACCGUUUGACAUGGAACUUAUGUGUGGGGAACAAAAAGCAUGAUGCACAGAGCUGGUAUAUUUGGCCGUAUGUGUGCAAACAUUGAUUUCCAUGAAUGUGAAAAUGCGUCCUUAUUGAUGAUCCUAAUAAUGUACAUGUUGACUUGUUUUUUUGCUUUGCUUGUUUUUUGUUUUUGUUUUUUUUUUUCAGGCAAAUUUGAGACCCUCCUUCCUGUAGCACUGUCCAAUCAUUUCACUUUUAAAGAGAACAGUUUCUCAAUUUUUAAGAGCACAGCAACUUCCUCGCAUAUGGCCAUAUUUUGGUUUCAGAUUAUGUUUGAAGUAAUGGUCCAAACUAGGCUCAGUAAUAAUGUUUGAGUGCUCAUCAUAAAGAUGAAGGUAGGAGUUGAUAUUUGUCUUCUAGUUUGCCAAUCAAGUUGGAAUAUUUUAUUUUUGUGUCUCCAAUAAAUGAAAGUUGUUUAUUCUGUAUGUCUCUCUGUAAACUUCUCACCCACUUUGUCCCUUUUUGUGCGUAUAUACCAGAUGUUUGUAAGAUAUGAUAAAGGAUUCUCCUUGGGACACUUUUGAAUAAACCAUUUUACUAUAAUGUA